AUGAAUUGGCUACAGACCAGACGCAGACUCCUGCUCAAUCGCAACCGUUCAGCUGGCAUUACGCAGAAGCAAGACUAUACCCUGGGCAAUCAUCACAAGUACGACGAGUCUACGGGCCAGGUUUAUACAGAGUCCACAGUUUCCAUACAGAACUCAGAUGAUCAAUUUUGGACUCGUCAGACUAGAGUAGUUAUUGGUCCUGACUACAGAGACGGUGAUGAUAGUACCAGCUUGAGAGAGACUGGGUCAAGUCUGGCAGCUUACCAUGACUACCUUGACGAAAUGAAAAACACCCGAGUGCGAGGGCGUAGAGGAGCAAGAUCGCUUCAAGAUUGUGCUGUAGAUUGCAUCCUUAACAAUAUCUCCGAUGUCACGUAUGAAGGAAUUGCUUGUCUGCCCAGUACGCUUGUCCGUCGCAUCUGGCAUGCUAUGAAUAAAAGAUAUCGUCAACUCAUUCAGACACCUCUCUCGCCUCUUCACGUUUAUACUCAACCUCUCACAUCACACUCAUUUGAAUUCCUCACUUCGCUGAGCAUUAAUACCAUCUUCACUGUCCCAGAACUCGUCAAACUUUCUCAAAUUACCAACCUGGGCAUUCUAGAGAUCAUUCACAACAAUCGCCCUGAUAUUGAUCAUAGGAUUCCUCCUUCUCCUGUCAGUGAUCGUCUGAUCCGUGCUUGGCAUUUUGCGGCCCUUAACGAAGGAAAGUUUCGUGUAUUAAGGAUAUUGAAGUUAUGGAAUCACUCGGAGGUGACAACAAACUCGCUUUCAUACUUGAAUAGCUUUCCUGCCCUUGCCCUGUUCGAUGUGCGUCAAUGUGGCUUCAGCCCGGAGGCUAAGAGCAAUGCAAAGCUCUUGGGAUGGAAAGCAACCGUUGGACCGAACACCCUCGCACUUUUGGAAGCUGCCUGCGUGGAGAGAGCAAUGAUCAUGCAGCAAUCUUCAGGGGUACAGCCUAAAGCCCUUCGGAAAGCGAGUGCUCGUCAAUUAGGUGACGGUAUGAAGACAAGAAAGAUUCUCCGCUCGGAGGUGGCUUCGUUCCUAGUACGUCCAGAGACUGUGGUUCCCGGAGAGCCUCUGGUGGACAAUAAUGAAUACUCUCGCAUUCGUCAGGAAGUUGAUAAAAAUGGAUCUCGCAGAAAGCUUCCCAAAGAUCGGAGGUGGGAUAUUAUGGAUAGAUACCUGCAAAGUGGGACUCGAGCGGAAGAAACCUUCGAGUUCACAUUAUACACUUCCUUUGCACGGAUCGGCGAGCUCAGAAAUGAUACAGAUCUAGCCAAAGCUGGCUUGAAUGUGCAAGAGUCCGCAAUUCUCGUAGGCAACGAGCUCAUCACUCCUGUGCCUAUGGUUUCACUUCGCCUAGGAAAUCCUACGACAUUCCCCUCAUUGAGCGAAUCUGCACACAAACCAUUCUAUGGCAGCCUCCACGAAGAUGUUUCGUCUCUCAAAUUCGCCCGCGAGCACUCCUCUAUUGGAAGUGGCCGGUACCUAUCCUUCAUCAGAAUAAAGGUUCCCAAAGAUGUGGAGAACCCCACGGGACCGGAUCAGGCUGCUUCAGCUGAUGAGACAAGAGUGCCCUCUGAUCCAAUGGCAGCCACCGGACUGUCACAAAGGGGAUCAGUGAAGCGAAGGAAGGUGGGAGUGAUGAAGAGUCGGAAAAUGAAUAUUGGUGACGUUCUCAACACGUUUCGUUGA